AUGAAAAUAUUUUUUGCACUAUGCGUUACAACGCUUUUUCUGUGCACCGUCAAGAGCCACCACAGUUGGUGGCAAUCUAUGUCACUAUAUCAAAUUUACCCCAGAAGCUUCAUGGAUAGUGACGGCGAUGGAAAUGGUGAUCUAAGAGGCAUCAUUAAUAAAUUGGAUUAUUUAGCAGACUUAAAAGUCGAUGCUUUUUGGUUAACCCCUAUAUACAAGAGUCCGAUGGUGGACAAUGGAUACGAUGCAUCUAAUUUCACCGGAAUUAAUUACAUGUUUGGAACCAUGCAAGACUUUGAGAACCUCGUUAAGAGAGCUCAUGAUUAUUCAAUGAAAGUUCUCAUGGACUGUAUACCUACUUACAGCUCUGACCAACACGAAUGGUUUCAAAAAAGCGUUGCUGGUGUUGAACCUUACACUGAUUAUUAUGUGUGGAAAGAAGGGCAAAAAGAUGACGGAACUAUGCAACCACCUAAUAACUGGAGAAGUGUAUUUAAUGGAUCAGCGUGGACUUGGAAUGAUAAAAGACAAGCUUUCUACUUACACCAGUUCACCCCUUCACAGCCUGAUUUGAAUUACAGAAAUAAGGACCUUGUUGAGGAGAUGAAGAUGCAAAAACAUCUAUUGAAAUUAUUCCUUGAACUUCUCACAUGUGGCAUAUUACGUGGAUCACGUAGUUCACGACCUCCAUCGAAAUUUAGAGAUCCAGAAAGGUCUCCAAUGCAAUGGAAUAACUCAACUUCAGCCGGAUUUUCUACUUAUAUAAAGACAUGGCGUCCUGUAAACCCAAAUUACAAAACUCUUAAUCUGGCGUUUGCUAAAGUUUCUGAUGACUCAUAUUACAAUUACUACAAAGCUCUGGCUUCUCUAAGGAAUAUGCAUGCUGUGCGAUCUGGUAACUUACAGGUGAAAGUGCUAGAGAACGACGUAUUAGCAUUCUCAAGGAAUAAAAAGAAGAAAAAAUCUGUUUACGUUCUUAUCAACUUUAGCGAACAAAAUAAGACUGUUAGUUUGAUGGAAUUUGAGAAUACUGAUCCAGAACUUGCCUUUUAUAGAGCUUCUCCUGGGCUAGGUUUGACGUCAGGGAGCCUCAUGAAUUCAAACGAAAUCAACAUUCCGCCCACUGCCACUAUGGUCUUCGUUGAUUCCUAG